CCCCACACACACUCAAUCCUCCCUCCCUCCCUCCCUCCCUCUCUCCCUCCCCUCCCUGCCGGUCUGUCUGCAAAGAGUUUUCAGUCACAUGAUUUGGAAUGACUAACAUGGCCGAUGGUGGACGGCGUGCUCGUGUGCUGAUUCUCGGAGGUACCGGAUUUAUAGGUCGUAAUCUGGUCAGCUAUUUGGUGAACAAUGAGUUGGUCACAAAGGUACGGGUGGCUGACAAAGUGCCCCCUCAAAUGGCUUGGCUCAACAGCAAACAUAAGGAGGCCUUUGCCAAUCCACUUGUGGAAUUCAAGCAUUCCAAUUUAAUUAACAUUGCUUCUGUUGAAUCUGCUUUUGCUGAUGUCGAAGGACCAUUUGAUUUUGCAAUCAAUUUAGCUGCUGAAACUAAAUAUGGCCAGACAGAUCCUGUUUACCAGGAGGGAAUUGUGAAGCUUAGUCUCAACUGUGCCAGAGAAGCAGCGAAACGCAAUGUCAAAAUCUAUAUCGAGGCCUCAAGUAGCCAAAUGUACUCAGCUGAUAAGCCGGAGGAUGAAGAACUUCCCGAACAUCAUAGUAUAACCGAGAUGAUGAUGGCUGCGACAGAGGAGAAGAAAUGUGAUCCAUGGACAUUUGUGGCCAAACACAAGCUGUCGGUUGAAAAAGAGCUGAAAUCCAUUCCAGAUCUCAAUGUUGUGAUUGUACGACCCGCUAUCGUGUAUGGCCCAGGAGAUAGACAAGGGUUGACUCCUCGUCUUAUUAUUGGUGCAAUAUACAAGUAUAUGAGAGAGACGAUGAAGAUGCUGUGGACCAAGGAACUCAAGAUGAAUACAGUCCAUGUGGAAGACAUGUGCCGAGCCCUCUGGUUUCUCUGCAACCACGGCAAGACGGGAGAAAUCUACCACAUUGUUGAUAAAGGAGACACCACUCAAGGCAAGAUCAGUGAGCUGAUUUCAACCAUUUUCAACAUAGAACAUGAAUUCGUUGGCUCAACUAUGUCAAGUUUGGCUAAGUUGAAUAUGAACAGCAUAGUGGAGGAGAUUAACGACAAACAUAUGGAGCCAUGGGCCGAUGCCUGUCAAAGGGACAAUGUCACAAAUACCCCAUUGAAUCCAUUUAUUGACCAGGAACUUCUCUACAAUAAACACCUUCACCUCAGCGGUUCCAAGCUGGAAUCCCUUGGCUUCAGCUGCCAAAAACCAGAGUUAACCAUCGAUUACAUGAAAGAGGUUCUUGAAGAUUAUCUUCACACCAGACUAUUUCCACCAUCACUCCUCUCUGAUCAGAAACUAUGGUCGAAACCAAUCGAGGAAGAAGAUGCUGAAGACAGUGGCCAGUAAGAACUGGCAGAACAAAAGAAAAAAUAUAUAUAUAUAUAUAUUAGAUUUCAAUAUGUGUGUGUGUAUGUAUGUAUGUGAGAGAGAGAGAGUAUGUAUGUGUGUGUAUGAGGGAGGUGAUGGGGUGAAAAGGGAUUAGGGAGGAUUUUUCUUUCCCCACCCCUGCUUGUUUCAAUUUUUUUCUUUUUUUCGAAAUGAAGCUAUAAAACUGUAAAAUUGCAAAAAAAAAAGAAAAAAAAACAUAAAAAAACAUAAUCAAUAAAAUAAAAAAGAAAAUGUGAAAUACAUCCCCUCCCUCCCCCAAAAAGAUGAAAAUAUUAAUAAAAAAAAAAGUUCCCCCCCUUUUCUGACCUCAUCCUCCCCCACCACGAAAAGAAUAAAAAAACAAAAAAAAAAUAAGAUGUUCUCCCCUAUUCACCUACCCACUUGGCACCCGACCCUCCGUACACCCUGCUGCCACGUAAAAUGAAUGCAAUUGAAAAACGAAAAGAAAAAAA